AGAAAGACAAACCAACCAUUCAUCGCCGUUUCUCCAGUCAGAGUCAAUACGCAUCGCCACGAUAAACAAGCGAAUUUAAUCCUCAAAUCGACCAAAAAUCCCAAUUCUACUCUUUUCUCUCGCCAGCUCGAAGAAUGGUGAAGGAGGAAGCAGCUGCUGCUCCAGCGCCGACUGCCGAAAAGGUGGUGAAGAUUAAAGAUGGCGUGGCUAUGAAGAUUCCCAAGGAGGGACAGGAUAUUCUGCCUAUACCAGGACAGAGGAAUGUCCUUAUUACGUCUGCAUUGCCAUAUGUGAACAACGUACCACAUCUCGGAAACAUCAUCGGAAGUGUUCUCAGCGCGGACACCUUCGCUAGAUACUCGAAGGCCCGUAACUUCAACACUCUCUACAUCUGCGGAACCGACGAGUACGGCACAGCGACCGAGACUAAAGCCCUCGAGGAAGGCGUCACUCCGCGAGAGCUAUGUGACAAGUACAAUGCUCUUCACAAGGAGAUCUACGACUGGUUCGAGCUCGAUUUUGACUACUUUGGUCGCACCACCACCGAUCAACAGACCGAGAUCGCUCAGGACAUCUUCCUGAAGCUCAAGGACCAGGGCUACUUGUUUGAGGAUUCCUUACAACAGCUGUACUGUGAGAAGCACGAGGGAUUCCUUGCCGACCGUUUCGUCGAGGGAACUUGUCCGAAGUGUGCCUAUGAGGAUGCGAGAGGAGAUCAGUGCGACAAGUGUGGACAGCUCCUCGAUCCCGCCGAGUUGAUCAACCCUCGGUGCAAGAUCGACAAUCACACCCCUAUACUACGGGAGUCGACGCACACCUUCUUGGAGCUCGACAAACUCCAACCUGCGAUUGAGGAGUGGAGCAAGAAGUCGGCGGAGGAGGGUCAGUGGUCCAAGAACGGCCGUAUCAUUACUGAGUCGUGGCUCAAGGAGGGUCUAAGGAAGCGUUGCAUCACCAGAGAUCUUAGCUGGGGUACUCCUGUUCCGUUGGAGGGAUACGACAAGAAGGUGCUUUACGUGUGGUUCGACGCUUGCAUUGGAUACGUCUCGAUCACGGCAAACUACACAAAGGACUGGAAGAAGUGGUGGAGAGCUGGAGGCGAUGUGAAGCUUUACCAGUUCAUGGGUAAGGACAAUGUGCCGUUCCACACUGUCGUUUUCCCCGGAAGUCAGCUGGGAACCAAUGAUGGAGACUGGACUAUGCUCCAUCAUCUCAGUACCACCGAGUACCUUCAGUACGAGGGUGGUAAGUUUUCGAAGAGUAGAGGCGUUGGUGUUUUCGGAAACAACGCGAAGGAUACUGGGGUGCCACCAAGCGUCUGGCGUUACUACCUUCUGUCAUCUCGUCCGGAGACUGGUGACACCCAGUUCGUGUGGAAGGACUUCAUCACGAAGAACAAUUCCGAGCUUUUGGCCAACUUCGGUAACUUCGUCAACCGCUUGAUCAAGUUCGUGAACGCAAAGUACGCCGGUGUCAUUCCCGACUACACCACUGGCCUGAAGGACCCCGCAUUCGCUCCUUACCAGGAGGCUAUCAACACUAUUCUUGCCAGCUUUAACGAGGAGAUGGAGAGCGUCCACAUCCGUGCCGGUCUCGAGAAGGUCAUGCUCAUCUCUGGCGAGGGUAACCGUUUCCUCCAAGACAACAAAUUGGACAACAAUCUGUUCAAUAACCACCCUGAGAAGGCGGCGGCUGUCGUCGGAUACGGAUUGAACUUGAUCUACCUCCUGUCUGCGAUUGCGUACCCUUUCAUGCCUGCAGUCUCUGCCUCGAUCUGCCAGCAGCUUAACGCUCCUCUCCGGUCCAUCCCUGACACCUGGGCGCCUGAUGACCUGCUGCCCGGUCACACUAUCGGAAAGGCUGCUUACUUGUUCACCCGCAUCGACGAUAAGAAAGAGGAAGAGUGGAGGGCAAAGUACGGUGGUCAGCAGGAGGGUGCCGCCGCCGAUGAUAAGAAGAAGGCAAAAAAGAAGGGCAAGAAGGCAGGUAAGCAGGUUAAGGCCGCCAAGGAGGGCGCCGAGGCCAAGCCCAAGAAGGGUGAGGCUUCGAAGGUAGCCGAAGAGCCCAAGAUCGAGGAGCCCAAAGUUGAGAAGAAGGAGGUUGAGGUCGAGGUUAGAGCGUGAUGGUCUGUGGGCUGGGUGUUCUGAAAACUUUCUUUGGGAGAUUUUGGUGAAUUUUUAGAGUGCGGUUCGGAGGGUUCGUUUUUGUCUGUAUGUACCAUUGCUUUUCUUCAUUUUUAUGGGUAGUGUGAGGGGUUCUGGGGUUUUAUAUGGUGUGUUUUUGUAUUAGGAAUACAGAUGUGGGUUUUUCACAGGUG